AUGGAUGCCAUACUUGCUCUUGCCCAGCUAUUGGGCAGAGCAGCUCCUCUUCAUAUUGGGUCCGCCCAAACUUUGCCACUCCAAGCUUCGGAGUUGGCAGCUAUGCUGCAGCUGCUUCAGCAGCCUGCAUCUACCAGUGGUGCCCAUCCAGGCGUGCCCGGCGAGCAGUUUUUACUGCUCGUUCGCUGCAUUGUCCUGGAUGGUGCGACCAAACAACUUGCGGCCCCAUCCGCAUACAAAGUCGUCUCGAUGAUGGGCAACGUGUCGUUCGAAGGCCUGGUAGAAGCGGUUACCUCCAGGUUGAGCUUUUCGAAGCUCCCUGGCAGGCAGCUGCGUUCUAUGCAGGCCUGCGACACGGACGGUGUUCAGGUUGUCAUUGACAAUGAUGUCGCUGUUAGGUACCUCUUGGGGUUACUUAAGAGGGACAGUGGUGUCAAGUUGACAGUCUACGCCGUUGACACCGUCUCGCCCGGAGAGAAGCAACGACUCUCCUCACCAACCACAGCGGCCGAAUUCGAUCCUUCGGCCACUCCCUUAUACGACACGAGAUGUCAGACCCCCGGGUUUGCAUCUCCCACGCCAUCCGAAAAUACGAUGAUGGAUGGCUCUCGAGGUCGUGUGCAACAGUGCACUCCAGAUCGUCGUCGGUUUUCCGAUGACAGAUCUGUGAGUCCUGUCGCGCCACCACGAGAGCCAUCCCGUGGCAGGGGCUACGAGAGUGCCCCUUCUUCAUGCCGGACCCCCAUUCACCACCGCUCUUCCCACAUUUCUCGCCGCUCUCUCUCUCGGUCGCCGUCUAUACGCGGCGAACUAGUUAAGGAUGAGGAGAGGGAGGAGGUACCCAGGUCUCCUGAGCCACAGUUGCAUAAGGAGAUCCUUCCACCCCCCCCUCUCCCUCCUCACUACCCCGACGAACGACCUCGCUUCUGUGCCGUCUCCAUCUCGGAGACAGGCAAAAACCAGUAUAAACACCACAUCGUCGACUACCUUCGACUCCGUCUAAGCACCGUCAAUAAAUUCCAACAAGGCUGGAGCCAUAUUCUCGACGAGCUAUUCGCUCAAAGGCCAGGGAGCGAACAGAGACCAAACAAUAAUAAUAACGGUCUCCGUAUCGAACGCGAAGAAGGGAACUCCACCAUCAUGAUGUUAUACAUGAGAGUCAAGGGUCGUCCAGAAGACCGUUCCUUCUACGAUACCUCCGGCGACGUGGGUAUAAUCAUCAACACUAAAGCCCUCGUCCCAGGAUCUUUCAAAUGGACUGAAAGAAACGAUGGAAGCCUACUAGUCAGUUUUAGCACCGACGCGACCUACCACGUCGUACGGAAGAACACGGAUCCAAAGAAAGAUCCAUACUCCCAAGGUCCACAAGUAAACGGUAUGAACCAUAUCGCCGUCAAUAUCGAGAACGUACCUACAGAUCGUCUCAGAUCACCCAGUUUUCGGGCUAUAACUUCUUUACUCGAUGGGCUUGAUAGUGGGAAAGGGUUGGAUGUGGUUAUGGAAAUAACUGCUUCGCAGCUUCCUCCUAAUCCGCCGGCUUUGAUGAGAUAUUGUCUUGGAGCUGAACGUGAUGAUGGGUUGGUGUUUGAAAGGGAUUGUCCGUUUGUUGUUCAGAAGGAGAAUAUGUUUGAGAAUAGGGAGAGAGGGUUUAAUAAUGAUAAGAAGUUUGAGAGGGAGAAGCGGUUUGAAAAGGAGAGACGGGGGGCUACGAAGAGGAAGGGGGGACGUCAUAGUGAUGGAAUGGGGUCUGAGAGGAAUAAACGUGUUCGGAGGGCUUAG